AUGGCGUCUCCCAGCAAAGAUACAGAGGCAUCUCCACUCGUCUAUCAACCCCUCAACAAGGAUCAACGAGAAAUACGUCUUCUUGAGAUCCUCCCCAACCCUCCUGACGGCAAAGUCAACUGCAAACUGCACAUCGUCCUUCUUACACCGGAUCUUUACUACACUUGCAUCUCCUACGUCUGGGGUGACCCGAACGUCACUGAAGAGAUUAUUGUUGAUGGUGUCCCACGACGAGUUACCGUCACCCUUGCUACUGCACUUCGGCAUGUAAAGAGGCAUUGGACUGAGAUCGAAAGGAAGUCAGAUCCCGACCUUGAUACCUCUAAGUUUCGCUUGUGGGCUGAUGCUCUCUCUGUAUCAACCAAGAUGACCUAA